GUAUAUAAGCAUAUGUGGAAAUAUGUUUAUUGUGUAAUGUGCAUGUAUAUAAAGUGCAUGUAUAUAAGCAUAUGUGGAAAUAUGUCUAUUGUGUGACGGACCAUGCAAAAACUAUGUGGUGUGAAUUGUGCAUUAGGAACGUGCAGGUAAAACAGGUGUGUUUCCCACUGGACACUUGUUGCAUAUGGGAAAGAAUAUGCGCAAGUAUGCCAAGAUGCAAACGCAAACGGACGGAGUUCGGGUUGAACCUGCUAAUUGUUGCACUUCACUUUUCGUUUAAGCGGACCAGCGCGGUACCGGCGUUAGACGAGAUGAGGCCCUUGGAUAAGGGACGGACAGCGGGAUGCUGUUCCGUUGUGGGGGUCGGCGGACAGACCGACAGUGAACAAAUAUGGCGUAUCCAACGCCAGGAACAAGCUGGGGCGAACGGUCGUAGGCUGCACAGGACUUGGAAGGAACGGGAGGUGCACCUGAAGAUCCGGCUCGAAGGACAAUGUUGGCGUGGGGCGUUGGGGGUGAAAGUCCAAAAACCGCAAGGGAAGUAAAAUGGCGUCUGCUUUCCUUUUCACUGUGACGUGACUCGCACGUAUAUAUAUAUUCUUCACUUGUAUGACAAUUUGAAACUAAACUUAACCUAAUUGCAGUGGCGCUUAGCUGCCCAUAUGAAAGAGGGAGAGGCCGCCGA